CACUGUUGCCCCGGACCCCUGUGUGGUUGCUGCCAGGGCCAAGGGCCCUCUCCCUGUGCCAAACUGGAGCCCAGCAGCCCCCCGACAUUGGCGGCCAAGGCCGAGGAGACAGAAGGGGAUGGAGGCUUGGUUGGGCAGGAGACAGCCACGAAGCUCAGCUGCAUCCCCUGUCCUGCCAUCCCCGACACCCUGAUCCCACCGGCUCAGCCCUCCUGGAAGCCCCUCACUAUGUUCCCGCUGGCCAGCCCGCUGCUUCAGCCUGUUUUCCCUGGCAUGAUGCUGCUGCCAGGGCACAGGGCAGCAGCCGGAGUUUCUGCCCCUGGGAGAGUCGUCAUCAAGGUCCAGGCGGACGGGCAUCCAGAGGAAGCCCCCCACCCUCGGACCUUCGUCCUCACCCAGACCACCCUGAACUGCGUCACGCCAGGCCCCCACACUCUCCCAAGCCCGGAGGGGAUCCCUCCCCACUUCCUGGCUCCUCCCAAUGUCAAGACCACCAUGCUGCUGGCAAAGGCUCCCCCGGCCCGCUUCCCCUCUUCCGUUCCCCAGAACCAAGCCUGGGCAGAAGAGAGGGCUCCCAGGGGGUGGGACCUCCCCUCGGGGCCCCCCGACCCCAGGACUGAACUGGGCAACCUGUCCUGCGCCUCCAAGGGUGUCUAUGAGAACUUCCGCCGCUGGCAGCACUACAAGGCCCUGGCGCGGAUGUACCUGCCCUGCAGCCCUGACACCGAAGCUCUCGCCUGCUUCCUUAUCCCAGUGCUGCGUUCGCUGGCCCGGCUGAAGCCAACUAUGACCGUUGAGGAGGCUCUGGCCCGGGCUGUGCAGGAGUGGGAGCGAAACAGCAAUUUUGACCGCAUGAUCUUCUACGAGAUGGGCGAGAAGUUCAUGGAGUUUGAGGCCGAGGAGGAGAUGCAGAGAAUGCAGCUGUUGGGUGGCUCUCUGUAUCCAGUCCUCCAAGCUUGCCCAAAAUUUGAUCCCUCGGGACUUCCGGAUCCUGACGCCUGCCAACAACAAGUUUGCACCUCCCCGAAGGUGGCUUUCCAGAUCCACCACCAGCACCAAGACCACCAGGGGCCCCCGCCCCUGCCUUUGCCCCACGAGAGCCCGCAGGAGGCCGUGACGCAGUGCGCCGACGGCAUGGCAGGCCAGCCUGGAGCUCGGCCGGCCACGGCCCUGGGUCAGUGGCAGGAAGAGCCAGAGGAGGCGGAGGAGGCAGAGGAGGAGGUGGAGGAGGUGAAGGAGGUGGUGGAGGAGAUGGUGGAGGAGUCAGAGGAGUCGGAGGAGGGGGAGGAGGAGGCCAAGGAAGAGGCCUAUCUGGACCCUGGGCUGCUGCGGUACGUGGAGGAGCUCUGCACCCAGGAUGCCUUUGUCUCCAAGGUGGAGGCUGUGAUCCACCCCCGUUUCCUGGCAGAGGUGCUGUCCCCCGAACUCCAGCGAGACCCUCUGGCCUUGAGCGAGGAGCUGGAGCAGGAGGAGGAGCUGACCCCCGCCCAGCUGAUACAGAAGCGGUUCCUGGCCCUGUGGGAGGAAGGGGUGGAGCAGGAGCCCUCCAGCUUCAGGGAGAUGUCCAAUUCCAGCCCCUCCUCUGAGGAGGAGGGGGUGGAGGAGGAAGAGGAGGAGGAAGAAGAGGAAGAGAAGGGACCACCCCUAUCUGGUGCCCUCCAAGAAGGCUCUGAGGCUUGGGAACUUCAGUGCAGAGACCAUCGGGGCCCCAAGGCGGAGAGGGCGACCCCCAGCCUGAGGAGGGAAGGAGAAUGGGAAUGGCCCACCCAGGCCGCACCAUCCGAGAAAGGGCCCAGCCCUCCUGGGGACCAAGUGGGAAGACAGUUAUUCCAGGCCCCUCUUCCGGAGGCCAGACAUCAGAGUCCCAGCUUCGAGGCACAGGGUCACUCUGACCUCGUCAAAGGCAAAGAUGGCGACUUCCCCCAAGAGUCCAGCAGUGCCCUCUCCCCAGCCUGGGGCCCCUCCAAUCUCCAGGGCGGGCCUCCGGUGGGGUCGAGGGGAGUGGAAGGCGACAAAGACUCAGACAUGACGGUCUUCUCCUUCCUGCUAGCAGCCAAGCUCAGCCUCUCUCCCCGGGGCCCCGCUUCUGGGCCCAGCACGGGGAAACCCUCUUUGAGGGGACCCCCACAAUCCCUAGACACGUGGUCCCAUCCCACGGGAACCCCAGGCCUAAGUGCACGCAAGAGAUGCCGAGACAGCAAUGGCCCCGGGCGGCGGAAGAAACGGCGGAGAAGCCUGUAGCGAGAGGGAGGGGGGACCGGUCCCCUCCUCCCCGCUCUCCCAGUGUGGCCCCAUUUCGUCUUCCGCUCCCCCCAAGUCAAUCGCUGCUCCCCACUGGCUCGCUGAAGGGUUGGGAGAGGCCCCUCACUGGCCGGAAUGUGGGAUGAGCCAUGCAGGAGGUGGUGCCUCGGCUGUUGAUGAAAUAAAGAUAUUUCCC